GAGUUACAUGCACGAGUUGUGUGACUAUUUUUUAAAGCUAGAAUAUAUGAAAAUGUUAUGGUUGUUGGGAUUCAGCCACUCAGUGUGUAGUAAAGAAGUCCAGGACAUGUUUUAUGUAUUCAGUUAAACAAAAUCCAGAUGUCUGGCCUUUGAUAUGACCCUAUCUUACCAAUGUUCCCCUGCCAAUAAACAUUUUCUUUGUCCUUUACCUGCGGACACCUGAUCUUUGUUCACUGAGUGGAAUGGCACCAUCCUGUGGUCAAAAGAGGGACUACAGAGUGAUGCAGCAGCAGUUUGACGCACAUUAUAUUGAUUUGUUUAUAUUUCCCCCGAUUUUAAAUGGUUACGCUCAGAGUACUUGCAGACAUAUUUGGUUUGCAUUGUGGAGAAAAUUAUCUGACAGAGGAGGCAACAGGCAGUUCAAAAACAAGUUUUAUCAGGUACGAAUUAAAGGGCCAACCGGAGAAACUGGAUAAGUUGUUUAGGUCUUGCUUGGGAGGGAGAUGUGUGAUGAUAACGAGAAAGAAAGCUUAAAUUUGCAUGUCGGUAAACGAAGUCUGGGACGCAGUCCUUCCUGGAGCGCCUGUGUUUCAUGUCUCCCAGUGAAAUGAGAUCCAACCCGUUCUCCAGCACACCUCCGACCGCCUCAACCUGCUCUCCGACUGCGAGCACGUUAUCGACGGUGUCAUCGUCAGACAUAACAAGACAUCACCUGUGUGACUCUGGCGAAUACACUUCCACGCAGCGGCGGACUAUGAAAAGUGUGCGUAAUGAUUAAACAUCACGCUCGGAAAUACGCCCCCCCGCGCUCAUCGGUCACAGAUGACUGUCCACUGGCCCUGCAGGCUGUCCAUGUCAGCAAACACCACGACACGCUGAACGAGGGAACGUGGCCGCAGACGGGCGCCAAGAUGCGGAUCUCCAAGGCCAACAAGGGCGCGGCGGUGGUGAGGGCUGUCCGGCGGCAGGCGUCUCCUCAGCCGUCCAGUCUGGAGAGGAUGUGGAGCGACAGAAAGCUGUCGAACUGUGGACCUGAGGGGAGAGACGGGGCAGAAGCUUCUGGGAACGGGAUGGAGGGACACGAAGGGGGGCCACCCCGUGGGAGGAAGAAGGCAUCCAAACCACAUGUGAAGACCAUUUUCUCCCCCGAGGACAAGGACCCCAGGGUGAAGGAGGAGACCGGAGAGGGACACGCCUUCGAACCCGGAGGGGAGAGCAACUGGUGUGAUUUGUGCUUCGAGUACAUCUUCGAGAAUGGUCUCACCUGUGCAGGUUGCAAGUACACGUGCCACACUGCAUGUCGGGACAAAGUGGCACUGGACUGCCAUCCUCCAGUGUUGCCCGUCAGCCAGGACCAGCUCAACAACAACAACACGCCGCUCCAUAUUCCCAUCAUGUUCUUGAUCAAACCAACGUCACACCUCACUGCUUACAUCCCAUCUGGCAGUGACAUUGUUGUAAACUCCACUGAGUUUCUAAGAGUGGUUUUGGCUCUCGUGUUCAUCAACACUGGUGUGGGUUUAUUCUUCGAGGAGGAGGAGGAUUAG